GCGCACGGUGUCGGCACUCCGCGCGAAGUAGUGUGGGGGAGCGCGCGCCGGCUCCAGCUCUUUAUCUCGCCCCUACCCGACGGCGGCAGGCCAGCUUCCUGCCGCUUCCCGCCACCAGGAAGCCACGCCGCAGCGCACCACAACACAGGACGAGACGGCAGAGACCACAGACAGCCGCAGCAGCUCCGUCCACCUCACACCACGCUGUCUAGAGUGACAGCAGCAUCGCUCCAGCAGCUGCAACAGGCCCCUUGGACGGCAUGAAGACGGCGACGCUCCUGGUGGUGACGGCGGCGUGCGUGGCGCAGUGCGGCGCCGGCAUGUGGGCGCAGCCGCAGCCGCAGCCCAUGUUCGGCAGCGCGCCGCCACUCGUCAACCGCAAGGUGCACGCCAGCUACAUCAACAGCUCCGCGGGUCCCAUCCGAGUUGUUCAGGUGGUGAACGUGAACGUCCUGCCGGUACGCGUGUCGCCGCCGCAGGGCCGCGACGUGGAGACGGUGGAGGAGCACGACAACAGCAUCCCGGCCUUCGGCAGCGACGACCGGCGCACGCAGGUCGACGUCUUCGUGAACGAUCCGCCCCCGCAGCUGCCGCUGUCGCCCCCGCAGUCUGGGCGCCGGCCUCCGCCGUUGCGCCUCACCGACUACGCGCCCUUCCUGGACUCGAACCACGUGCCCCAGCAGCCGGCCGCCAGGGACGGCCACUUCCUGCUGCCGCUGGCUGCCUACAGCCACGACGCCGAGCUGCAAGACGACUACCUCGACCAGAUCGUAGACUUCGCGCUGGAGAUCAUCUGCAGGGGGAUCCACGCUAAGGGCAAAGACGAAGUGGCGGCGCCGGACCUGCACCGGGAGUUCGUGCGCAAGCUGGGCCCGCUGCAGCUGAAGGGCAGCUUCGACGCGACGGGCGGGCUGGCGCGCAACCUGUCGACGCUGCGGCGCACGGAGCCGACGACGGUGAGCCGGCAGGGCGAGACGCUGCAGCUGCGCGCCGGCCUGGGGCUGGCCACGCUGGCCGCGCGCUACGAACACUACGAGGCGCGCCUCGGCUCCGUGCAGGCGCAGGGCCAGCUCGCCGCCACCGUCGCCUCAGACUCCAUCGCCGUCACCGUCAACGUCUCCCUGGGGCAGGCCAACUGCCUGGCGCUGCAAGACCUGCGCAUCGACCAACUGGGCGAUAUCGACGUCAAGUUGACCGGUCUUGGCGAGCUCAGCUGGCUGACGUCAAAGAUCGUGUCGUGGCUGAGCGACCACUUCAAGACCGAGGUGUCGGCGUCCGUGGAGCAGCAGCUGAGAGACGGCGUGUCGCAGGUGCUGGGCCGGGUCAAGUGCGACGUGCAGCAGUUCCUCUCGCUCAGUCUGAGCCCCUAGCCGUUCACCACUCCCCCUCUCUCUGCCGCUCUCUUCUCAUCCACUGUCUUCUCAUCCUCCACAAUGUGCCACACUGUUUGUACGCCACUUUUGUACGGUCUUUGCUAUGUAAAGAGAACUGAACGAUAAUAAAUGUGUGAGUGUCCUUUUCCAUUU